AUUUUACUGACGUUAGGUUCACUAAGCCGCCAUUCAGGUUCGCGCGUUUUAUCAUCUGCUCAGGGAACUGAAGAAGAAAGUCUGCAAUAAAGUACAUUCGUUCAAACCUUUGUCUGAAAUAUGGCAAAAGUAAAUGUUUUGAAUGUUAAUGUAUUGGACAACCCAUCGCCAUUCGUGAACCCGUUUCAAUUUGAGAUAACAUUUGAGUGCAUUGAAGAUUUACCUGAAGAUUUAGAAUGGAAAUUAAUAUAUGUUGGUUCAGCUGAAACAGAGGAACAUGAUCAAGUUUUAGAAACAGUUUUUGUUGGUCCUGUUCCAGGAGGACGACACAUGUUUGUAUUUCAGGCUGAUCCCCCAGAUAUAACUAAAAUACCAGUAGAUGAUGUUAUUGGUGUGACUAUUAUAUUAUUAACGUGUUGCUACAGAUCAAAAGAGUUUAUCCGUGUCGGAUACUAUGUAAAUAAUGAAUAUGAUGAUCCCGAAUUGAAAGAAAAUCCUCCUACCUCAGUUAUAUAUGAAAAGUUACAAAGAAACAUCUUAAACAAACCAAGGGUAACGAAGUUUAAAAUCGACUGGGAUGAUAAUACAGCUACUGUUGCUACUGGGGAAAAUGGUGAAAACGUACCGCCAGUUGGAAAUAUAGAAAAUAUGGAGACAACGUCCAAUCAGAUGUGUGAACCUGCUUGUGCUCCACUUGGUGGUGCAAAUAACUUUCAGGAGAACAGUAAUAGCAUCAGUAUGGACACGUCUGUGAAAGCAAUGUAACUGAUGUUAUAUAGAUGCGUGAUGACAAGGUUUUUAUACGUGUGACUGUAUUCAUCAAUAUACAGUGGAAUAAUUUCCUGUAUUCUUCAAUACAGGAUGGAAUAAUUUCAGCUAAAUAGUGCUAUAAUAAAUGGGUCAUAUUUAAAUUAUAAUACUGCAGCAUAUUGAAAACAGACAGAUUGCAUUCAAUGCUGUUCGAUUACAUUCAAUGGUGUCAGAUUGCAUCAGUAUAAAAGCCUGUGCUCUGUCCGACAUUUGAGAAUCAAAAUCCAACAAAUUGAGAAAACAAACCAGAUGUGAGAGUCUAAUUAUUUUGUGAAGAGGCAGUUCGAACAUUGGGAUUUCAUUUCAAGUAUUUGACUUAAAAUUCAGAAGAAAGCAUCUUAAAUAGUAAUGUAAUGAAAUGGGAUUUAACGUCCCACGGUUCUGCUCCAACUGGGCUAAUGAAGACGGGACACGUCUUAAAUCUAAUAUACAAUUAUCCUGCCUCCUCUUACACCAGCAAAUAAGUCAAAUUUGUUUCCAUAUAGAUUUGUAAUUUGUAAAAAGCACAACUAUUAUAUAAUAGGUUGAUGUGUGUAGAAAGACUUGUAAAGAUAUCUGGAACGGUUUGUGGAGAACCAUCUGGAAACAAAAACCAUAAUUGAUGGAGUUCAUUUCAAGGAUUUGCGCGGGAUAAUAAUGAAAUAUAUAAAAAAAUAUUUUUUGGAAUGACACUGUUAAAUUUUGUUUAGCAUACACGAAUAUACGUUCAUGUAAUUACAAACGACGCACAAUACAAAUAUUAACAAAUAAAAGUUAUAUACAACCAAAAAUAAUGAUCUCAACUUCGUGACAGUACGUAGGUUUGAUGGCCGAAUGGUUAUCAUACGAUCUGUCAUUGAAACAACUGGCAGAGUUUUUGAUUCCAUGGUUGUAUGUGACAAGGAGUAGGGUCGCCUGUCCAACCUUGUGGGUUUUCUACGGGUUCUCCAGUUUCCUCCCACUGCUAAAGACCCCCUAUGCGGAAGUGAAUUAUUGAAAUAAACACUAACCAUAUGUUAGUCCCGAAAUGACCUAGUUUGUGUCGAGUGGACGGGAAAACCCCAUUUCAGUUCUUUCUUGACAGUACCCUGAUCAGUUUAAUAAUUGGUUUUCCAAGAAAAUUAUCCAUUGUAGAUAUUCAUCUAGACUAUUUUUGAUAACAAUAAAUUAAAACUCAUUUUAUGUAUAAUUUGUAAAGAAAAUACAUUGUGUGGUUUACGUUAAGGUGUAAAUUAAUUUGGCUUGAAAUAUACAUGUAAAUGUAUUAUAUCCAGAAAAUUAAAAUGACAUGUACAUGUACCCUAAAGCUGGUGUAAUCAUCUGCAUUUUUAGAUAAUCAGUCAUUGUUAUCUAGGAGAAUGAUCACUCUUAAGCACCUGCCGGGCACCUGAAGGUCGACCAAGGGGAGUGGUUUCUCCCUCCCCUUAAAAUUGAAAAUCGCUCUCCUAUACAAAGUCAUGCAGGGUUUAUUAUUUUAUGAAAUCAGGAAUGACCCCUUACAUUGCCGUUAUUGAUCUUCAGAACCAUACCCAUACACACAAGUAAUCACUCUUCUUAAUUUCUAAAUCAUUCUUAUCGAAACAGGGAGUGAUUUUUUUAAGGGGGAGACUUUUGAUUAAGUGGAGCUUUUGUCGGUUCUCCUAAAAUACAAACGACGGGAUAUUAUCUAUUUUUGGAUAAUAAUUUUUUUUCUUGGCUUAAAAACUACACCACUUGAUAGUUACACAUUAAAGGUAGCAAGUCUUUAACUCAAUAUCAUCCACAGUCUUCGACAUUGUAAACACGUCGUAUUGGUCAAUUUAAAUCAACAUUUAUCUUAUGAUCAUACCUUGAAAAAAUGGGCUUUUGAUAUACAUAUACAUGUACAAUAUUUAAGACAAAAUAAAAAAAGUCUUGAAAUAACCCUAGUUUUCAAUCGCCAUUUGUAAUGAAGCGACUCGAUGAAUGAGGCUAAACAUUUCCCACAGGAGAAUACUGCCGACUGACAUUCAAUUUGGACUGAUUUGAAAUUAGAGUAAAAAUAGAAACGAUCGAAUGUAAAUCAGUUUAUAUACAUUCAUAUUACAUGAUUAUACAUGUAUGUGUUGCAACCCAUUUGUGUCCAUUUCUAGGUGCCAGGUAACUCCCCUUACAUCCCACUUCUACUCGUUGCCACUGGUAACCUUUGAUAAAACUGUCCUGUUUAAUCGCAAUACAUGCUUAAAAGUAUCCGUGUAUCAGUAAUGUACAGAAAGAGUACUGUUCAUUUCUGAUACACGUGUAUCAGUAAUGUACAGAAAGAGUACUGUUCAUUUCUGAUACACGGAUACUUUUAAACCGUUUUAGAUACCUAUCAAGCAAUCAGUAGCGGACGUUUAGUCCGAUCCAGAUCCGAUCCAGAUCGCAAAUGAAGAGGAUGGCUCUAACCAAUGUACAUGAAACAACUAUUCAAAAUCAUAGUAACAAAACAAAAUGGGGGGAACUACAUGGCAGUUCAAAAACAUAUACAAUGACAUUAAAUUAACAUAACAACAUAUUACAAAAAUCAAUUAUUAUACAUAUUAAUUGGCAUCUAUUUUAUAAUUUGGUUUGAUUUAUAUUAAUAUGCAAAAUAUAUAUAUUAGAAUAUUGAAUAAUUAUUUUAAUUAAUUGUGAUGAUAGAAGGCGCAGUUCUCUUGCUGGACACUUCACAGGCAUUGAUAAUAAGCAGGAUGAAAAAAACGCCUAGAAAGUCAUAAACUUUAUUACAAAUAAAUUUCAACGGAAGAACCAUCCGCCGAUGCAUACUUUCACCAGGAAUGACCCACGUUUCGCAUUUCCUUUACACUACAUUUAAUAAUAUCACAGUCCUCUACGCCAUAGAUAAGAUGUUUUGAAGGUGUGGUCUAAACAAACACGUGAUUGUUUUACGCUCAGAGUAUCAUAGCAAGACGCACGUGUAAAUACUACUCAGGUCGUCUCUCCACAGCGAAAUCAUUCUACCAUGAAAUGUAACGUGAGGCUCAGAAAGGGAUAAAUAAUGAAAGAGCAGAAAGUAUUUGUCACUUUUCGGUUGAAACGACUCGAUGAUAAAUACUAUUUUUCACAUGUUGGUUCACAAUACUCGAUAGAAAUGUGAUGUAAGUAACUUAUUAGCACCUUUCCUCGGUGUAUCGGUGAAUAUCAGGACAGUUUUGGUCGGGGGCCGCCUCGGCUGGGCCCCUCGACUAAAACUGUCCUGAUAUUCACCGAUACACCGAGGAAAGGGUGCUAAUAACUACUACUUACAUGUAUUUAUGAAAUGUUUCUCCUUGUCCGAACUGGAGUUUAUUUUUUAGGAGUUUGAUUUUUGGAAAUUAAGAACUCGUAACUGAUUGAAUGAAGACAAGAAAUGAAACAAUAUUUGCUCAAAUAGUUCAGGAGAUUGUAAAUGUACAUAUAUGUAAUUAAUUGUACUAGAAUUAAAUGUUGAAACAACCAAGUUUUACAUUAUCAGAAAAGAAUACUUUGUACACCUUAAAGCAGAAGAAUCAGUAAAAUAUUAUGCAAUUAGAAUGCUAAGAUAAUGUUUCGUGUAAAAUUAUACAUGUUUACUUAAAGGACAUUAAUGUUGUUUGUCAUCUAAUAUGACCGGAUGAAAACCCUUGUUAAACAUACAGUACGCAUGAGCUAAAUAUGCCUAUUGUAGGUAUUUCUUUAGGCCUGAAAUGUUAUCUAAAUUAUUAAUUAGGUAUUAAUUAACAUGAAAAGACCAUAAUCAACUCUCAAUGCCAUCUUAUGUGUCCGAUUUGAAUCCGAUUUUAUCGUACUGACUUUAGUAAUGAUGAUUGAGACUAGGCCUAAAAUUCAUUCGCUAACAUCUUGGUUCAGAGUGUAUCAAUUUGACUGAAAUUUUCAGCAAAUUUGCUUUACAUUAUCUAGUUUUUAACUAUUAUAGUGAGAACUACAUGUACAUGUACCAGCUCUUUAUCUAAUAUCCCAUAAUGCCCCUUUAAAUCGUGUCGUGUUUUUGUGUUGUGCUUAAUCACUAAAUGCCAGUUCGGAUUAGAUUCUAGACAUGCGCAUGUUUUUGUUAUUGUCUCCAUGUUAAAUGCAUUUUUCAGAAAAUGUUAAAAAAAAAGUUCUUUUCGCUGACAUUAAAAUGUAGUUAAAUUGAUUAUUUUAACAUUUAAUUAUGAAAAUAAAAUCAUUAUCCAUGGUAAAUCAUCUCCCGGCUUUGAUUGAAUCAAAUUAAAAAAAAAAAAUAAACAUCCCUUGAAAAGAUUCAGCUCUGGCUGACUAUAUGCUGUUUAUAUUGUCUGUAAUGGAUACCAAGUGUUGACAGAUUUUCAAUUGCUCAUAUUAACUUUGUAAAUAAGGAACAAUGUUGUACAAUUUAUGGAUACAUAAUUACUGAGUUUAAUACUAAGCGACGUUUCGCAAGGAUACUCCCCCUCAAUUUUAUUGAUACACAAUUACUGAGUUUAAUACUAAGCGACAUUUCGAGGAGGAUACUCUCAUCUUUAUCAAGCAUCGUCGACGAAAUGUCGCUUAGUAUUAAACUCAGUAAUUGUGUAUCAAUAAAAUUGAGGGGGAGUAUCCUUGCGAAACGUCGCUUAGUAUUAAACUCAGUAAUUGUGUAUCAAUAAAAUUGAGGGGGAGUAUCCUUGCGAAAUGUCGCUUAGUAUUAAACUCAGUAAUUGUGUAUCCAUAAAAUUGUACCUUGUGUUAAUAUGUUCAAUUACUAAAUGCCAAUCAAAAGAAAACAAUAUUGCAGUUUGUGGAUUUAAAAUCCCUCGAAUGUUGAUCAGAAACUUUAAAGGUUCAUUAUCCUCUUAAUAAUAAUACAAAUUAUUUUAUUAUUUUAUGCAACUGUUUGUUUAUAUUAUUGGUAAAAUAUUUAAUCCAUAAAUAAAACAUUUAUUACAGUU